AAACGCGGUUGUGAACGAGCACUGUCCAACGCAACCAAGGAAUUAAUUAGACAUAUCAAAUCAUGCAAGAUUCAUGAAUUGUUUGACUCUACAGAAAACGGGACAGUAGGUAUGAAUCCCGUUUAAGCAUCUUUAAAAGCAGUAGUAUCUAUAGUUCUACGUGUAAAAUUAACCGGCUUGGCAUUCGUCAAAUUUGUUUUUGUCUUGACAAAUUUUAGCAAAAGCAAGAAAUACUUGAACACGAAUACCAAAACUAGAUAUUUUACACACUUCUCUUGUAUUCUCUCAACAUUCCCUUUGUGAUCAAAGCAUGCAUGCAAGCGACUUGUUUACUAUAUCUUAAUUUUGUUUGUGAUAAAUUGGCAAAACUGAACAAUAGCCGGUUAAUAAUUUUGAUGAUGAGUUAAGAUGCGAUGAGUUAAGCAAGUUGGAAAAGAUUAAAAGUACUUCAGAUAGAAUGGGGAAUAUUUUGUUUUGCGAGAAGGUAUUUUUCUCUUCGUAGUUUUGUUAAAUUCCAUUAUUUUUCAAUUCAGUGGUGGAGAUAAAUACCACAAGUCUGGAUCACCUACACGAGUGGAGAGAAAACAUAACGUCAUUACCGAACAUGACUAUUCAGCAGUUGUGUGAAAAACAACCAAAUUGUAAGUAA